GCAGUUUCGUCGUCGGCGAGUCCCUCUUUUCUUCCUUCUGCUGGCUCCGUCGAAACCCUAAACCCUAACAAUGGCGAAAGGUGCGAGCACGAUGGAGAAGCUCAAGGACUUGUGGAAUUCUCAGAUCAACGACGAGGAGAAGUGGGCUGUAAACUCGAAACUGCUGCGUGCUGCAGGAUUAUUUGCUGGCUCCAUAUUACUAAUGCGCAACUUUGGUGAUCUAAUGGCAAUUUAAAAUCUAGUGAAGCUUUGGAAACUCUUUUGUUGGCCCAAUGAUAUGUACUAGGUGUCUCAGAUUUCAUUCUCUGUCUCCAAGUCUUGUACUGCUUGAAUAACUAGGCAAAUUUUUUGUUUGAGCUGCUCUGAACUUUAUGUAGUCAAUACUUUUUUGUUAAGUUUCCUUUAAUUCCUACAGCUGAACUCAGUAUGAUGGAUGUCAAUCUUCUUUUAUUGAGCUCGUUAUAAGCGAAAUGCUUGUUUGUUUUA